AUGCUGGAACUACCGUCGGAACAGGCCAUUGAAGGUCUCUUGGAAUCCAAGUUAGUGAAAAUCAUUCAUAUACUGAAUUCUGUAGGACUUACAUUCACGUCGUGGUGUAGCUUUCAACAGAAUUGUAUCAAUUAUGCAUCCGCUGGUCAGCGCCUCCAUUACUUGUCCCAUGCUCCAGCAAUAAUCAUUCUUUCAGCCAUCCUGAUCUAUUAUGUCGGCCUGAACUUGCCACAUGAUGUACGACGUCUGUGGGGGCGAAGAUCCAUUGCGACACUUCUUUCUGCCACGAACUGGUUCGCUAUCAUUGGCACCAUCAUUAUAAAUUCACCUCUUCCAACUAAUACUACACAAGUAUGGAGCGUUCAAUUUGUGAUAUGUGCUUCUUAUGGGUGGUCGUAUCUGGCAGUAUUUAUUGUUAACUCCGCUAUAUCUUCAUUGGUAUCCGCACUGCGUGUACAUGCCGUGAGCGGAGGAAACUGGCGGUGGGUAUUGCCGGUCUGGAUCCUUGGUAUAGUGCCCGUGGGCACCAACACAUGGCUUGUGACUCACGACAAGUGGUUUGUCCUUCCUCAAAUUGGAUGCGUACUUGUUGACGCCAUUACUCCCGUUGUAGUAGUGAUCACUACUCGUGCAUCUGUGGUCGUUUCGGACAUCCUUGUGGUCGCAGCAACAUGGUACUACAUUGGUCGUACAAGCUCUGUGAGAACACAAUUAGUACGUGAUGUGUGGGUUGGAAGGCCCAAUCUCACGACCGUCAUGUUCCGAGAUGGUACACUGUACUUCCUCAUCGUCUCGCUGCUCAACAUUUUUGACCUCAUUAUGACCACAAUCAGCAUCAGUAGUUCUUAUAUCUACGUGCUGGACGUUACGAAUCUGACUACAGCGAUGUCAAUCAUAUUGAUCUCCCACUUCCUCAUCUGCAUCCGCGAAGCUGCAGAACGCUCAAUACAAGCAUUCAGCUCCCAAUCUCUAUCCUUCGUCAACUCACAAGGCAACCCUGUCCCACGUCGGUGGCUGUCCAGCAUAGAGUUCGCCGCCGACAUUGCGGAUCCCUCCGCUGAAAAUAGUAACGCAUAUGCUUUCUCCGACCUCGAGGACGGCCUGGAUUCACUGAGAGGCGAAGAUAAUGCAGUUGAAGAAAGCAAUGAUGGGAUAGAGUUAGAGGAGCUCGCAGCAUCUGUUCAUUCCAUAGAUGCACGCAUACCCUAA